UGGGGCAGUGGAUUUAAGGAGCCGGGGGCAGGAAGAGGUGGAGUGCAGAGCAUCAGAAGCAGAGGAAAGUCCUACCAGCCACCGACUCCGCCUGGACCCCCCUGCGGCUUCUACAAGAGAUUACAGCACAAAUAUAAAGUGGCUCUGAAGGUAGCAGACCAUCCAUGAAAAUGCAGGAAAACCCAGACAGAAACACCACCUACACAGACUUCAUCUUAGUCGGUUUCUCUGGACCUCAGGAGUGGCGACAACUGCUCUUCAUCCCUUUUCUACUCAUAUUCUUAAUUGCAGUUUCUGCAAACUUAUUUCUGAUCUUUAUAAUUCUGUCACAGAGGUCCCUGCACUCCCCCAUGUACCUCCUAAUAUGUGCAAUGGCCUUUGUAGAUCUCUCUAUACCAAUUUUCUUUGUUCCAAAACUGCUAAUCAGUUUACUGUACAAUCUGAGACACAUCUCUCUGCUGGGUUGUCUAGCACAAAUGUUCUUUAUGCAUUUUUUUGGUGGCUUCCAAUCAACAGUUUUGCUGUGGAUGGCUGUGGAUCGUUACUAUGCAAUCUGUACUCCUCUCCGCUAUAAUGACUACAUGGCUUUCUCUGCGUUCCUUAAGUUCAUAAUUAUUCCCGUGCUGAGAAAUGCUGUUUUGAUUUUAAGUGUAGUCAGUCUGGCUGGCUCUCUGUCCUUCUGCCAGCAUGAGAUCGACCACUGUUUCUGUGAGCACAUGGCGUUGGUCACGCUGGCCUGUGGGACCAUACGCAUGAAUAACAUUGUAGGACUGAUGACUGUUUUCUGCGUCCCAAUGGCUGAUUUUCUGUUAAUCACUGCAUCUUAUGUUAGAAUAUUUUUCUCAGUGUUUAAGUCGGGGAAGUCCAGCCGAAAGGCUCUCAGCACCUGCGUAACUCAUAUUAUUGUCAUAUUUGCAACUUUAAUUUUAGCUUUAACUGCUUUUCUUUCCUACAGGAUAAAUUACAACAUGUCAUCUAACAGCCAUUCUGUAAUCAGUAUGAUGUAUGUACUUUUCCCCAGUUGUUUCAACCCGAUAAUUUAUGGUGUCAGAACAAAGGAAAUUAAACAACAAGUAAUGAAAACUCUGAACUGUGGAAAAGUGGUCCCUUAACACCGAACGAAAAUGCAGGAAAAAUUAUCGAUAUAUUAAUAUCUUAAAAAUGAAAAGUAUUACGUAAACAAAAAAAUUGAACAUGCUUUUUAUUUAAAGGCUAGUGACUUCUCUGGGACGGGGCUCCUGGAGGCCAGUCUGCAACACAGUUUGUAGAUUUCCCUGUUUAAAUACAUUUACUAAACCUGGAAAUUAGCUUAUAAGCUAAAUAAGGUGCGUUUGAGCAGGGAAAUCUAGAAACUGUGUCGCAGGCUGGUCCACCAGGACUGGAAUUGGGGAGUCCUGUUUUAGGAAAAUGCUAUUUCCUUAUGAUUGUAAUUACAUGUAUGUUAUCAUAUAUGUAAUAUUAAUA